UUCUUCUGUCUGUCGGUGUCUACACUUGUAUAUUUUUCUUAAAUGUCUGCUACUUCCAGUAAUCAGAGUGAAGAACCCCUUAUGAACAAUAGUCAGAGUGUUCUUCAGAAGCAUGUUGCAUUCUUCGAUAGAAACAAAGACGGUGUUAUAUAUCCAUGCGAAACAUUUAAAGGGCUUCGUGCAAUUGGACAUGGCACGGCAACAUCACUUGUUACUGCUCUAUUAAUCAAUGUGGUUUUCAGUGGAAAAACACGUCCCGGAAAAUUUCCAAGUCUCCUUUUUCCGAUUGAGGUAAAAAACAUUGCCGGAGGUAAGCAUACCACCGACACUGGUGUUUAUGACGCCGAAGGUAACUUCGACCCUGUAAAGUUUGAAGAGAUUUUUCAAAAGCAUUCAAAAGCUCAUGCAAAUGCCUUAACAUCCGAUGAGUUAUGGGAUCUAUUGAAAGCCAACCGAGCUCCUAAUGAUUUCUUUAAUUGGUUUAUAAAUUGGACGGAAUGGAAAUUUCUUCUCUAUCCCGUUGCCAAGGACAAGAAUGGGUUACUGCAGAAGGAAACUAUUCGAGGAUUAUACACUGGUGACCUUUUUUACCAGUUGGAGCAGGAGAGAGCUCACAAAUAAGCGUCAUUGAUUAAGAAAAUGUUCGCUCACAAUAUCUUGUCGCGUCACUAGCAAGAUAAAAGGGUAUUGGGUGUUUGGGUGUGGUUUUUAAUUUACUUUGAGUGAAAUUGAGCAAGUGUUUGCAAAUUUGCUCCUUAAAUAAAGUGUACAUGGGUAUUGUGUUUGAUGUCUAUUCUGAUUUCUUUCGGCAGAUUUGAAUGGGUAGGUACUUGUGUUUUGUCGGGAUCGAACUUUCGUUCCCAGUUAUUCGAAUAUUAUGGUUUGGUUACUU